AUGACCAACUUGGACAUGCUGCUCCUCAAGGGGGCCUCUGCGAGCGAUGCAGAGGAAUACCUCCAGGAACUGCGCUACACCAUUCUGACCAAAGGCAUCCCCGCAAACAGUGAGGGCAUGUCAGAACUGCGCAUCUACAUCUGGCUCAUCCUGCUCAACGCGCCGCCGCUCCGUACCGACGUCUAUCUCGACCUUGUCCGGCAGGGCGCGUCGCCCGCGCAUGCCAAGAUCCAAAACGACACAUUCCGCACAUUCCAGGGCGAUCCGCUGUUCCGCCGCCGCGUGACGCAGAACAGCAUUACACGGGUGCUCAAUGCCGUCGCGUGGCGCCUCAACGAUGCGCACGAGGCGCGAGUCAAUGGGUGGCAGUCGCCGCCCACGCUGUCCGAGUUUGGCGGCAGCCCGGAUACGUCGACAAUCAUGUCGCGGCACUCUGCGACAACGGGCGGCGCCCGCACCGAGGCGUCAACGACCAACGACGCCGAGCAGAUUGGCUACGUGCAGGGCAUGAAUGUGCUCUGUGGGCCCUUUCUCUACGCCGCCCGCAGCGAGGUCGAGGCGUUCACGGCCUUCGAGAAGCUCAUUACGCACGAGUGUCCCGGCUAUGUGCGUGGCUCCAUGGAGGGCGUGCACAAGGGCUUGGCUCUCGUCGAUAGGGUCCUCGAGGUGGUCGAUCCAAAGCUGUUCGAGCACCUCAUGGCCCACCACAUGGAGGCGAGGAUCUACGCCUUCGCUUCGGUGCUUACCAUGUGUGCCUGCACGCCCCCUUUGCCCGAGGUCCUGCAGCUCUGGGACUUUCUUUUUGCUUACGGCCCGCACCUGAACAUCUUGUGCAUUGUGGCGCAGCUUGUAUUGAUUCGUGCUGACAUCUUGAACAGUCCGAGUCCAAAUACCAUCCUGCGCAACCUGCCCAGCCUGAACGCCCAGAAGGUUAUCGGCGUGGCUAUGAGCUUUGCCGGCAAGAUCCCAGAGGACAUGUAUGCCGAGAUCAUCAACCACGCCAAGUGA